UCACGUCACUUCCGGCGAAGUGGACUCUUUCCCCCCAGUACCCCCACUCGCUCUCUCUCUAUUCCGUUUGUGGUGCGCUCCGUGUAGCAGACGGAGAUCAGGAUGGCCAAGUCUAAGAACCACACCACACACAACCAGUCUCGAAAGUGGCACAGGAACGGCAUCAAGAAGCCCAGGUCUCAUCGCUACGAGUCCCUCAAAGGGGUGGACCCUAAGUUCCUGAGGAACAUGCGCUUUGCCAAGAAACACAACAAGAAGGGGAGGAAGACCAUCGCCAAGAGAGAGGCGUGCAAAUAGAUGAGGACAGACCCCAGAGACUUCACACCUUCCUCAAUAAAGCUGUGCUUUGACCAAGUC